AUGGGUCUCACCAUAUGUCUCUCUUUUCUCCUUGCUUUAGCCUUGACUCGAGCUGCGGUCAUCGUCCCAGGAGCAACAUGGACAGAUACUAGUGGAAAUGUUAUUCAAGCUCAUGGAGGCGGCUUCCUCAAGGUCGACUCGACGUACUACUGGUUCGGCGAAGACAAAGCCCAUAACAGUGGUCUCUUCAGAGCUGUUUCUUGCUACUCGUCUACCGAUAUGACUACUUGGACUCGCCACAAUGAUGCUUUGACGCCCGUGGCUAGCACGACGAUAUCUACCUCCGAUAUCGUCGAACGCCCCAAAGUUAUAUUCAACAGAGCUACCGCAGAAUACGUUAUGUGGUUCCAUUCCGAUUCGUCCAAUUACGGAGCUGCCCAAGUUGGCGUUGCGACGUCUCGGACGCCUUGUGGGCCGUACACAUUUAAGUCCAGCUUCAGACCUCUUGGCGCUGAGUCUCGAGACAUGGGCAUAUACCAGGAUGACGAUGCCGCUGGGACAUCUUACCUCCUCUACGCUUCUGACAACAACCAGAACUUCAAGGUAUCUAGACUGGACGCCAACUAUUACAAUGUGACCACGCAGAUAGCUGUCAUUCCAGGAUCCACCUUGGAGUCGCCAGGGAUCAUAAAGCGCAAUGGAGUGUAUCAUCUCUUCGCAUCUCAUACGACUGGCUGGAACCCGAAUCCGAACAAGGUUCUCACUGCAAACUCCCUGUCCGGACCUUGGUCCUCUGAGUCGGACAUUGCACCUCCUGCAACCAGGACCUACUUCUCCCAGAAUACCUACAAUAUGCUGAUCAAUUCGAACCUGGCCAUUUACAUGGGUGAUCGAUGGCGACCCGCACUUCUGGGUAGUAGCCGAUACGUCUGGUAUCCGCUCAGCUGGAGCUCAGGAAGACCACAAAUCGUACCCGCUGACGUCUGGACCCUCAACCUCGAGGCGGGGACCUAUACCGCUGCGACAGGGACAACCUACGAAGCGGAAAACGGUGUUUUGUCUGGUCCUGCUAGGAGCUUGUCGAGCUCUUCCUUCUCCGGCGGUGUAGCCAUCGGGUAUCUGGGGAACGGUGGAUCCUUGACAAUAAACAACGUACAGGGAAUCGGAGCAGCACAGUGGGUUUCCCUUUAUUACGCAAAUGGGGAUUCUACCUGGAGAAAUACCACCGUCAGUGUUCUGGUAGACCAACCGAACACUGGUGGCGGAGGCGUCGUCCUGUCUGUUCCUGUCAAACUUACCUUGAGAAGUGGAACGAAUUCCAUCACCUUCUCUGCCAACCAAGCCAAUUAUGCAGCAGAUCUCGAUAAAAUCAUCGUUUACACGGCGACUUAA